UGCUAAGUUCCAAACACUUUCAAUAACUCGAGAAUCCUCAAUACUAUUAAUUUACCCUUGAACUACACCAUAGACUUCAUUGCAAUUACGCAACAAUGCAAAUCAAGGCGGCAUUCCUACUCUUGCUAUCGGCAUCGCCUAUCGACCGUGUCGCUGCUGCAGGCUGUACUACGAAGCAGAUAAGCAGCAUGGAUGUGGGUUCCUGCACUUGUGCUGGGCAACUCACCGGGUGCACCACAAACUGUGCAGUCUGCAGCGGCGCCUUUACCCCUACUAAAAAGGUGAAAAGUUGCUCUGGUGGGUGCACAGAUAGUGAACACGACUGCCAGGCGUGUGGCAUUUGGUUUCACACUCUCUGCAACUGCCUCCAGCACCCAACAGGGUCAACACCAUGCCCGAACAGCGGGUCCAUAACAAAGGGCGGCCCACCGGUAUGGGUCCUGCUGAAGAACAGCGGGCAGGGUCAUGACCUCGUCACCACGACAGAACUACUCCCAGGUAUCGAGAAGAUGGGUCCCGGCCACGACCAAGGCUGGCAAUUUGCCCAGAAAGAAUCCACACCAAAAUCUCAGGCCGUAUUCCUAAAUUCAGUUCGCGCGAGAGACAUGGAACAAGUCCACAUCCACCUUUGCAACAGCAAUCAGGCAACGGCAAAGAUGCUCUCGCAGGAGAAGAUCAAGAGUUCCACACAGCUCAAGCAGCUAGAUGGCGACAAAAAUUUAUACUGCCUCGGUGUGGAUCAUGCGGUUAGAAUAACCGGCUUCGCGGGCAUCAUAGCUAACUUUAUGGCCAAUUUACCGUCGACCAUUUCGAAGCCAUGCAAAGAAUUGGUUGGGGCAGGUAUUAUUCAGGAUACUACUGGUCGAACUUGGGCGUGCGCAUCUACCAACAGCGGGGGUCCUCAGGACAAGUUUUGCUAAUGGAGAUGUAAUUAUUGAUUGAGUUUCCUGGCUCUACAGCCUAAAUAAGUUACUAUCAUUUCCCUCAGCAAUAAGCUUUUUGUUGGCUC